GACAUUGGGAUUGUUUUCAUUUCAGUUAUUUUAUUGUCUCACUUCAGAUGAGAACAUGCAUUUAUCGGUGUAUUUGGUUGGAUUAUUUGCGGUGGGUGCUUUUGCAUCGGUAGACAUACCGUCUCACAGAUUUGAAUUUCAACAAAUACUCGCUGGAAUUCCACAGCAAUUUUUGAAACGCAUUUUCGGUAAUUUGAAGGUUAUAUCUUUUGAUGUCGAAAAGCAAGAGGUGAUCGAACUCUCAGCGCAAGGAAAUUAUGUGUCAUACAUUAAUGCUAUGGACAAAAAUCAUCCAUCCACACCGCCUCCGCGGAUCAAUGAAGACGAUACACCACAGAAUGAUGCACCCGAAACAAAUACGCAACAUGUGCUUGAUGUGCGCUUUGACGUGCCGGACGAUGAUCAGAAUAUUGACCAGAACAACAAAUAAACAUGCUUUUUGUCGUUGUUCCAGCUUCAAUUUUGACGUUGAUAGACAUGACGAAGUGUACAUUUAUUCACUACUAAUCGCUUUACGAUGUAAUUGAUUUUCGUUUUAAUUGUGGUCACGAUUCUAUGUUCGCAGCCAGUACAAGUAAAUAAAAUUACAUAUUAACAUUACCAUCAA